AUGGGAUCGUCAGUCGAUAACAGAAUUCCCGUUUGGCUAGAUUGCGAUCCGGGUCACGAUGACACCUUCGCCAUUCUCCUAGCCGCCUACCACCCAGCCAUCCGCAUCCUGGGUAUCUCUACAGUCUUUGGCAAUGCAUCCUUGGAAAAAACAACCCGCAACGCCUGCUCCAUCCUCACCUCCAUCUCCCGCUCGCACUCCAUCCCCGUCUACAUCGGCGCCUCACACGCCCUCCACCGGCCCCACCUGCACGCGCCUACCGACAUACACGGCGAAUCCGGCCUAGAUGGGACCAAGCUGCUCCCCACGCCUCUCGUCGGUCCCGACACCUCCGUCGACGCCGUAACCGCCAUGUCGACCGCCUUACGCUCCUGCGCCCCUGGAACCGCCUGGGUGGUAGCCACCGGCAGCUUCACCAACGCCGCACAGCUCUUUUUGAGCCACCCAGAUCUCGUCAGCCACAUCAAGGGCCUCUCCCUCAUGGGGGGCGCGUUCGGCACCGGCUUCACUCCCGCCAUCCUGGGCACCGUCGACGGCGUACCCCGCGUGGGCAACUGGACGCAGUUUGCCGAGUUCAACGUCCUUGCCGACCCGGAAGCAGCACACGCCAUCUUUUCCAACAAGGAGCUGGCAGGGAAGACGACGCUGAUCCCGCUGGAUUUGACGCACAUGGUUUUGACGACGGAGCAAGUCCGCGAUCUGAUUCUUUACGGGCCCGAGGGCAAGGAGGCGCACCCGGAACUGCCGCAAGAUGGAAGCAAAGGGAAGACCACCCUGAGAACCAUGUUGGUGGAGCUGCUCAUGUUCUUUGCCAAGACGUAUGCGGACGUGUUUGGGAUCACGGAGGGCCCGCCGCUGCAUGAUCCGUUGGCGGUGGCGGCUGUGUUGACGGGAUUGGUGGGCACCCCCCUCGAGGAGUAUCAGAUUCCUUUUUGGGAUUUUUCUCCAGGGACUGUGGAGAAGCACAGAGAGAGGUUUGAGGUUACGGUGGUGACCGAGGGGAGUUACGAGGAUGCGAGGGUCAACGGGGCGAAGACGGGUAUGACGGUUGCCAAGCCCCUGCCCGAGGGUGAGGAGGGUGUGAGGAUACCAAGGGGAUUGGAUAUUCCGCUGUUUUGGAAGGUGUUGGAGGAGUGUGUGAGCAGAGCGGAUGAGGCGAAUGCGAGGGGGGAUGAUGUGCUUCCUAACUAACUUAAAGGGGUUGUGGGUUGUCGGAUUAUAAAGGGCUUGGUUGUGAUGAGAUUUUGACUGAACGGUUUACAGGACGUAGAUGGCACAAGGGAGAUUUGCACUGCAGAAUACCCACAUCUAGUCUAGAGGACGCUGCUUGGAGACUUCAUGACAGUUCAGUUUGUAGACAUAGAUUAUAGAACUACGGUAUAUCACUGGG